UGCACCGCCCGUCUGCGGUCACACUGGAUACGUGGCUGAUGAAUUAGGAAAAGGAACAACAAGUUUGCAAAAAGUGGCAAAGCACAUAAAAACCGACAAAACCUUUAUACUAUGCAAUAGACCCCUGCCCCGCACCAAGUGCACUUCUCGCAUCGCCUAGCAAUCGUCUCGAUAUCCUCCAAAAAUGGGUCUGUGCAAGUGCCCCAAACGACUGGUGACGAAUCAGUUCUGCUUCGAACACCGCGUCAACGUCUGCGAACAUUGUAUGGUCCAAUCACACCCAAAGUGCAUCGUGCAAUCGUAUCUUCAGUGGCUGCGGGAUAGCGACUACAUAUCCAACUGCACACUGUGCGGCACCACACUGGAGCAGGGUGACUGUGUGCGUCUGGUCUGCUACCAUGUAUAUCAUUGGGACUGCUUGAAUGCUCGGCAAGCUGCACUGCCCGCCAAUACAGCGCCGCGUGGCCACCAGUGCCCCGCCUGCAGCGUGGAGAUCUUUCCCAAUUCCAACCUUGUAUCUCCCGUGGCAGAGGCGCUGAAAAACUUCCUUGCUCAGGUGAACUGGGGCCGAAACGGCUUGGGACUAGCUCUGCUCUCCGAUGAUCAGAGUAGUGGAAGUAGUUUGAUUAAGCCAAAGGUGGCAGCAAGUCAAGCUUCAGUCAGCAACAUGACCAAAGUGCACCACAUUCAUUCCGGUGGAGAGCGUGAGCGGACGAAGCCCAACGGCCACGACGCCCAGAGUCCACAUUCCGUACUCCUAAUGGACGCCUUUAAUCCGCCUAGCGCAGGGGACUACGCGAGCAGCCGACGACCUCUUCUGCCACGUCAGUCUCCAAUUGGCGGAACGGAUCGGGAUGAUAAUAAAUACCAGCGCCGUACGCCCGCAGAGCUUUUUUCGCGUUGGACGAGGCGCUGGUAUGCGCCCUCCUCUCGGCCACCUUGGCGUCGCACGUGGUUCCUGGUUCUUGCCGGGAUGCUAACCUUUGUGUUGUUCAUCUACAUAAUGGCCUGGUUGGGGCGUGGCGGAACCGACACAAUGGACGAGGGAUGGAACAACCCUAAUCCCCAGCCACAGCCGCACUACGAGUAGCAGAGCAGCAUUACGAAGUGUAUACAUACGUAUCCAAUCCCUCUCCCGCAAAGAAUACAAUUUUUACAGCUACAUAUUUAUAUAACCUAAAUUGCAACGCGAAAUAAUCCAAAA